AAGACACGGGCAGGCUCUCGUUUUAGCUAUUCAUUUUCUUGGUCAUGUUAGAGACUUCAAAUUGAGAGAAUCUGAGUGAAACAAAGCUAAAAAUAUGGAGCUUAGCUUGGAUUUGAGUUUGGUUUAUGUACCGAAAGCGAUAAGUGAAUGUCUUAAAGAGGUUUCAAUGGUUAAAGAUGGUAGCCAAAAGUUACCAAAUCCUGAUGAUUAUGUCAAGAGAUUAGAAGAUGAAAGGAGAAAGAUCGAUGCUUUUAAACGUGAACUCCCUCUUUGCAUGCUUCUCUUGAAUGAAGCUAUUAUCAGAUUAAAGGAAGAGGCAAUGCAGUGCAAAGAAUUGAAUGCUUUGGUACCCUUGAAGGGGGAUUCUAAUGAAGAUGGGAAUGAUAAAAAGAAAUGGAUGAGCUCUGUUCAGCUCUGGAACACUAACAAUAACAUCAACUUGGAUUGCAAAAAUCAAGACACAAGAUCAGAACCAAAACAGAGAGGUGAAGAAGAUGAUGAUAGGUCUACUUGUGAGAACCCAAUUCAGUUAGGUAAUCAUGGAAACAAGGGAGGGGCUUUUGUGCCUUUCAAGGCACUUUCUGGUUUUGAAAGGAGUAAAAAGAAGGAAGAGAAGGAGGUUGUUUCACAAGUUACAGGACUUUCUCUUAUGACCCCAGUGCCUAAAUCCUGCGAUUUUAUGUCUAAGAGCAACAGUUGCGGUAAUCAAAUGAAGACACAGAGUAAAUCACAGCAACAGCAACAGCAACAGCGACAGCAUGCUUACAGGAAGCAGCGAAGGUGCUGGUCACCGGAGCUUCACCGGUGCUUUGUUGAUGCCCUUCAACAACUUGGGGGAUAUCAAGUUGCCACUCCUAAACAGAUCAGAGAGCUUAUGCAAGUAGAUGGCCUCACCAAUGAUGAAGUUAAAAGCCACUUGCAAAAAUACAGGCUUCAUCUCCGCAAAGUGCCGGCAUCUUCAGCUACCCCAGCAAAUGACUUGUGGAAAUCUCAAGAUCAAUGCGAGGACCUUGUAAUGCAUAACAUUUCAGAGUCUAAUUCUCCGAAAGCACCUCUUCAUGGAAGUAGCUCUGCCAAAGCUGCCUCUAAUUCCGGAGGAGAUAGCAUGGAAGCAGAAGAUGAUGAGAAAUCAGAGAGUCAUAGUUGGAAUGGCGUGCUUCACCAUCCAGGAGAAGUUCAUGUAUAGUGACAAACUGAUUCUGAUCCCCAUGAAUUUUGCAGAUACAAAUAUACAUAAUAGGGAAUCGGACUGUGGAGAUAAGAGGAAUAAUGAAGCCUACAAGGAUAGGAUUCCAAAUUGGACUGUUUUUACUUUGAGGCAGUAAAAUUAGAGAGAGUGAGAUUUUGCGGAUACUAUGGUUUAGUUUAUGUCCCCUCCUGUGUGAGUUGUUCAUGACUUUCUGUAAUUCGUAGUUAUGGAUCCUAAGCAAUUUAUUUUUUUAUAACAUAUAGCUUAAAUUUACAAA